CCCGUGUGGGUUCACUUCUCUCUCGGGUCCAGCACUCAGCAAGCAAUCAAUCCCGGUUCCCUCAUCUGUGCUCAUCUGUGCUCAUCUGUGCUCAUCAGUGGUGAUGGUGAGUGCAUACACUGACUGAGACGAACAAGCCUCGUCACGCGACUCGAGGACCUCGGAAACCGCUCCCAUUGCCUCCCGAGACCUUCCCCCCCACCUCUCGGACUCGGUCUGCAGUUUGUCUGGCUACCAGAAAGUUUCUCUUUACACCGGCCCAAUGCCUCGAAACUUCCUCCCCACGCCGGCCUCGUCAACAGACAUCAAGGGCCAGGACGGGUCCAAGAUGGCUUCUCUCCAGCUAGCCUUCGAGCUGCCCCCGCCAGCGGUAGCGACCGAGGCUGCUUCAUCAAAUGCCCCAACCUCUGCAGCAGUCUUGUACCCCGCGCAGGCCAGCGAGACGGUCAAGUCGCGCCGGCGAUCAUCUGCCGCCAACCAGCCCAAGGACCAAUUUACCCUCCCUCCUCCCCCUACACGCUCCCGCAAGAUCAUCCAGAUGAAGCCUCGCGAGGAGCAUGGUUCUGAAACUUUGACCUCGACCCCGAAGACGGCAUCCAGGGGCAAGACGGGAACGACUUCGGCCACGACAACGGCCGGCACAAAGAGAAAAGAGCCCUCGGCCACGAGCGCGGCAGGGAGGAAGAUGGCGAGGAAAACGGCCCACAGUAUCAUCGAGCGCCGGCGGAGGUCCAAGAUGAACGAGGAGUUUGCGGUCCUCAAGAGCUUGAUACCAGCGUGCACCGGAGAGAUGCACAAGCUUGCUAUCUUGCAGGCCGCGAUAGAGUAUGUCAGGUAUCUCGAAGACUGCGUAGCCAAGCUCAAGGCGCAGUGCGGGUCAGGAACAGAGCUGGACCCGGAACCAAGGUCCAUCCAGUCCGGCUUACCCUCCCCGUCUCUCGAAGACAACUACAGCCGUGCCAGCUGCGGCUACCCUGCUGCUGCUGCUGCUGCUGCUUCUGACACGCGCUCAACCGACGUCGACAUGACAUCGAGCUCGUCCGGCGCACCCUCCCCCAGUUUCACCCCGAUCGCCGGCCGUUCUCAACAUCAACCCUCGGUAUCCCCUGCCUUGGGACCACGAGAGACCAGCCGAAACAAUUCCUACUCGUCUGUCUCGUCCGACUUCCGCCUGCACGACUACUGCACUUCGGCUACCACGUCGCCCUCCUUUGGACCUCAGCGGGUCGGGCAUCCGACGGACUCGCAGCAGCAGCAGCAGCAGCAGGGCAGCCAUUCGGCUUACGGCUCGACGCUGACCAGCCCCGCCCUGCCGCCGCAGCGUGACAUGGAUCAGGAGGUGACGACUGCGCUUCUGAUGCUGAACCAGAUGGAUAGGAGGGCCACGGGGGGUGGGACCGGAGGCGGGACCCGGGGAGGGAGCACGGCGACUGGCCCGAGGGGGAUGAGCGUCAGGGAUCUGCUCAGUAGUUGAAGGGUAGCCAUCCCCGAGUUCGGUUGAUGCUGUUUUCCUGUCCGGCCUUGUCCCCAAAGACUGAGCCUGCCCAGCAGAGAAGGGGCGGGGGUGUGGCUCAUUGCCCUGGGAACUUCCCUGGGAAGCUUCCGGCAACACAACACAAAGGCCACUGUAUCCUCAAUUUGCAGCGAAGCAUCCCUCGCGAGUCUCAAGAUAUAACGAGAAUCUCCCAGUUUCAGACAGACCUUUUUUUUUUGACGUUCGCGGGCCUGCUCUCUCUUACGGCGCAUGAGCGCAACCGAGAUCAAUGUCCGUGACAGAGCCACACAAGUGCAUUGACGCGGGCCGGUAAAACAAACCUUGUUCUUGUUCAUGACAGCAAGAAGGAGACCCCCCCCUUUUCUCUCUCUUCUCUGAGCGAAGCGUUGCGAGGAAGAGAGAGAGAUGAUUCCGGCUCGCUGACAUGACAAAUGCCUCACCUCUUCUUGUCCACGAACGAGGCUUUGCAACGACAAGGAGCCCCUUCACUCGUUGUCCCACCUCGCUAACACCGAGUUGUCAAAAGGGGGCCGGGCCGGUCAUGGUGACUGGAAACAAUGAGGAAGCAGCCGAGUCUCUUUGUCAGCGGCAGCGGCAGCAGCAGUUUCGUACCGCAACGCGUCCUUUUUUUUGGGGGUCAUCAUCCUGGGCCAGUCCCAGGGCUCCGGUGAGCCUCGCAGCCACGGUUCACCUGCCGCACCGGCGUUUUCGCAUCUGCAUCUCUUCUUCCCCUUCACAGCAUUUUAGAACCCCCCCCCCUCCGAAGGCAGGAAUGGGCUCUCGGCUGGUGCUGAAUUGGGGGAUGGGAUGCCGAAGUCAGUCGAGUGGCUAGGCGCGGUUGUGGCAGGGGAACCUGUUGGUAUGUACAUACAUACAUAUAGGAAGAUGCCAUGUCGACAUGUUGGCCUCCGUGGGCUGCUCGAGUGUGCGCGCGGCGGGGUGGUUUACUGAGACUGCUGAGACCAGCUAGCUACCCCAACAAAAAGACGGUGUCUUCUCUCACCUUGAAUAUCGUACUCAUUUCUUCUGGUAUUGUACACAACAACAUGUAUUGUACACAACAACAUUUACAACUUGGGAU